AUGUCCUACAAUCACAAUAGUUCUGAUACUCCUUCAGGGUCCAUAUAUGAAGGAACACUCGACAAUGGAUCAGAUUUAAACCCCUUUUCAACGGUUGGAAGGACUGAACUGGACCUCAACUACUACCAGUACGCAAAUAUGAAUGAAGACGAAGAUGUCCAGAAAGAUCAAUUAAAGGUACCUUACGGUAGAGAACCCACAUACCCGGCUCAAGCGAGAUCCCCGAGCUUGAGCAGGAAUGGAAACUUUCCAGAAGAGGACGGAGGAUUGAUUAAUACUUACACCAACAAUUCUGAAAAUAUAUCAAUGAUCUCGUAUGAAGGUGCCCUUGGGUAUGACCCUGAAGGGGACAAUAAAAAUAACAAUAACCUUAACAUAUUCAAUAGGUACACACGAGGAUCUAAGAUCUUUUUGGGUAUAUCCAUUUGUUGCGCGGCUUUAGUGUUAUUCCUUGAACUGUACAUGUACGCAGUGAUGGACAAGUAUAAGGUAGGACUUGAAAAUGCAAGGUUCCAAGAAAUAUCUAUCUAUUUAUCAUUAUUUAUUUUCGCAUCUGUAUAUCAGGUUGGUCUUACGAUAUUUGGCUUAUAUACCAAGAAUAUGUUGCUUCUAACCCUGUUGUGUGUCUUCUAUGUUUGUAUGUUGAUAUACACAGGAAUACAGUAUCUGGAAGUGUCGCAAAAUAUCUCUAUAGCCUUGACAGGUGGAUGGAGAACAGCAACGAAGGCCACCAAUCUAGCCACGAUUGUCGUUUUGGCUCUUACCUUGAUAUCCCAAGUCUACCUUAUAUUUUUUGUUCUAAGAAAGGAAGUUAGCUGGUUUCAGUAUAAGAAAAUUGGAGGAGAUAUGAAGAUACGGAAGUUGUACAGAUUUUUCCUUAUUCAUAGAUCAUUGCUAAUUUUCGAUUUUUUCUUUUUUAUUGGAUUUACUGUGCAAUUUUUGGUAAUUAUGGUUAGUAAAAGAACAUCUGUGGAGUUUAUAUUAACAGUAUGUGUGUUGCCUUUAACUUUAAUAUUGUUGUUUUUCAGUGAUCUCGCUACAACUAGAGAAUGGAUAUGGCUAAGUGUAACUACAACGCUUACAUUUUUAGGGGGUUGCGCUUAUGUUAUAUUUAAGAUGAUAAGAAUGUAUACCAAGUAUGAUUCUGCUUACAAUACGGGAGUUGAACCUGGGGAGAGUUUCCCUGGUAGGAAAUCCUUGGUUACAUUUGGAGUGUUAACACUUUUACUUCUAUUGACAACCAUCAUUGUUGAAAUUAUGAUGGUUUUCAAUUACAAUAAAGGCUUGUUACCAAUUGUCAGCAGAUCUUGGAAGUGGUUUCCUGGGAACUCCUCUACUAAAAUUCCUUACAAGGCUACUUAUGAUGCUAACAAAGAUUUGAAAGGAAGACCGAAUCACUCAUACGGUGGUGACACCAGCAUGGACCAACUUGAUCUGCAUGGAAUAGCAAAGCGAAGACAAGAGGAUGAAGAAAAUUAUGACUUAAUAGAUUAA